GUUGUAGCUUUUAAGGUGGUCGAAAUUUAGGAAAUUCUGAGAUCUUUCAUCAGAAGCCUGAGCUCUCGACAGCUAACAAAACAGCAAGUAACUUGGUGCAAUCACUCCUGUAUUUUCUUCUGCUUCAACUUUCUGUCUGCAUUUGCAAAACCCACUUCUCUUGCCUUGCAAUUUCUUGUUUUUCCUAUCCUUUAGCUUCGUUAGUUUUCGCUUGUAAACUGUUUGUUCUGUUACUUGAGAGAGAACCUAAAGUGUUUGUUCUUUUCUUUUUUUGGGUUUAGUUUGAUAGUAGAAUUUGAGAAAGCAUAGAAUACAAUGGAUGGAAGAUUAGCGAAUGCAUGGAGAUUAACAGUGAACGAGAAGAAAUUCAUAGAGACUGCUUUGGUUUCAAACCUUAGAAUUGAUGGUCGCAAUCCUCUUGAAUAUCGUAAAAUUAGCAUCAAGUUUGGCAGAGAAGAUGGGUCAUCGGAGGUGCAUCUAGGACAAACUCAUGUAAUGGGUUUUGUGACUGGUCAAUUAGUUCAACCUUAUCAAGACCGACAGAAUGAAGGGAUGCUUUUGAUUUUCACAGAGUUCUCUCCAAUGGCUGAUCCUUCAUUUGAGCCAGGCCACCCUGGGGAAUCUGCAGUGGAGUUGGGUCGAAUAGUAGAUCGUGGUCUAAGGGAGAGCAGGGCUGUGGAUACAGAAUCUCUUUGUGUUCUUUCGGGAAAAUUAGUGUGGGCCAUUCGUAUUGACCUUCAUAUCUUAGAUAAUGGGGGAAAUCUUGUUGAUGCCGCCAAUAUUGCUGCUUUGGCCGCUCUCUUAACAUUUCGAAGACCAGAAUGCACUUUAGGUGGUGGUGAUGGUCAGGAAGUAACAGUACAUCCACCAGAGGAAAGAGAACCGCUUCCUUUGAUAGUCCACCAUCUCCCUAUAGCAAUAACUUUUGCAUUUUUAGGCAGUGAGGGAAAAAUGGUGGUUGAUCCUACCCACAAUGAGGAGGCUGUUAUGGGUGGAAGAAUGACUGUAACAGUUAAUGCAAUUGGUGAUAUUUGUUCAAUUCAGAAAGCUGGAGGGGAGGGCGUCCCACAGAGUGUUAUUAUGCAUUGUUUGCAACUUGCUUCUAUGAGUGCUGAAUCCAUAACAAAGAAGAUAAAUAAUGCAGUUGAAGCAUACAGCACAGAGAGAGCAUUGCGCAAGAUCAAGCGCCACCCUACUGCUGCUGGCAAUGUUAGUGUAGCUGGUAGUGAUGUAAAAGAGCAAAAUAAAACUGUUGAGCAGGUGGGAGGUAGUGAGUUGUCGAGGCAUCAUAUGGAGAGAUUGAAGCUGGUAUCUGAGGAAACCUGCAGCAGUAGAAGUAAUGACAAUGAUGGUGAUAUCAAAUCAUCUGAACAAGGUGGAACAACUCGAGCAGAGAGCAAUGCUGUGAGUUUUCUUGGGGGUCCAUCAAGCUGGGAUCCUUAUUUGAAGGGUGUUGAUGAUGAUUCCCUGAAAGCUAAUGUAGCCUCACCCGGAAUAUCAAUGCAGCAUAUGGAACAAAAAGAAAGUAAGGAAAAUAGUCCCAAAAUGGACACAGAGAAACCAACAGAAGAUAUUAAACAAGCCACUUUAGCUACAGAUACAUCUGGAACUGCACUGGAAACGAAUGGAGGGAAAACUUUGAAGGAUGCUGUGAAGCCCAAGAACAAGAGGAGAAAGAGGGCUUCCAGCAUGAAUGCAAGUUAGAUGAACUUCUGAGCAGAAAACAUCUACCUUGCAGGUAUAUAAGUGAAAGCUUCUUUUUUUUUCUUUGUAUGGAAGCUCCAUUAUCACCACUCUGUAUAACACAUAGAUGGACUGUUUGUUAGUAUUUGAAACAUUUAUUUCUUGUACUGUGCUUCCUGCUGUGGAAGGAGAAGGGCUUGGGAGGUGCAAAGGAGAGGCUAACAUCAAGUCUUUCCUAUAGCAAAUUGCUGUUGAAUUUUUUGUUUUGUUUUUGUGGACGGUAGUUAUCAUCAGAGAGAGAGAGAGAGAGAGAGAGAGAAACCUGCCCUCGUUCUUUUCUAAAACCAUCUUAAAUGAGUGGAAUAUCAGUGCCAUAUCAUGUGUUGGUUCCUCCUGACAAAUCCGGUGCAUUCAAUGAAGUGAAUUACCACCUUGGAUAUUCAUUGUACUGAUGGUUGAUCCUUUUCAGAUUCUUGAAACAUGCUUCCUUCAAUCCAUUUAUUAAUGGUGGAGGGUCACUGGUGUUUAAAUCUUUUACUUCAUAUUCAACAGUAGAAGACAAUGAAUCAGCAGCAGCUAGGAUAUACAGAAGUGAAGACCUGAAAGAAGCUUCUCUAAACUCAGAAUAUUCUCUUGCUAAUGCUAAUGGAGUAUCGCAUGUUGUGUUGGCUGCAUGAGUGUUGUCACCAACUUUGCUUGUGCUGCUUACGUUGCCCAUUGUUCGGCCAUUUAUUGCUUUGGAAUUUUGGAUAGGAGGUGAACCUUUUAGAGAUUCUGUUUCAGUGGCAAUGGUGUUCUUACUGUGUUCAAGUAUUUUUGUUUCCUUAAUACAUAUAGUUAGGUAGAGGAAUGAAUUCAAAUUGUCAUUCUCCUCUGUAUAGAAGAAGUGUGAUUUAAUCAGGUACCUCUUGGCUGCCGACCUCUUCUCAAGGGGUCGGUCGGUUGGUUUGUUUCGCCGUAUUCAUCAUUGAAUAGGAGGAAGCAUUCUCUGUUUCAAGUAAAAUACAGGAAUAGGAAACAUCCAUUCAACCAAGCCUUGUGCAAAACCUGAUAUGCAAGCCUCUCUGCUGAAUAUCUAUCAUUUUAUUCUUUA